UCCAGUAACGUAAGGUAGAAAGUUGGCUUCCCCCCGUCCACACGGCACGCGGCACAAGCACACCACCACCUUCCUAGUUCCUCCCCGCUUAUCUUUUUCACUUGGCGGAGUAGCAUACACUUAUGAUUCUUUUCCUCGGACUUCCUCUGUCACAUUUUGCACUUCCAAAUCCUCAGUCCCCAUCUCCAUGAUGGCUCUCUUUCUCACGUGAUCUCCCUUUCUCCGUCACAUUCACACCAUUCUCAUCUCUCGGCUGUAACGUUUACCAUUCACUCUUGCUGCAAUGUGCUAUUUUGUCAGACCCACUUCUUGAAAAACUCCGACUUUUUUUUAUUCAGAUCCGCAUUUGUCUUGGUUUGGCUGCAAUUGAACCUGUUUUUCAAGAAAUCCCAGUUCAAUUUUCGCUGUCCAGAAGGUAUUCUUGAAAAGAUCUUAAUGGGGUUGGUCCAAAAUUAGUUCCUUUUUGGGAAUUUUAAUAAGUAAAUUUGGGCGAAAGAUGGAAACUUCAAGUGGUCUGAGUCCUAGGCUUAAUUCAAUUGCAUUGAACAAAGAAAAAGAUGAGGACCCAGAUCUUCAUAACUUUGAAUUGGAGACUGCUGGUCAUGGUUCCGGAUCAGAUCACCAUCAUUUUCGUUCUUCCAAUGCACUGGAAAUUUUGAGGGAAACUGUAAGAAUUCUUCGAUAUAAUUCGACUGGUUUUGUUGCAAUUCUGGCGCUCUUAAUUUGCCCCGUUUCAGCUGUAGUUUUGUCUAAUGUAUUGGUUGAUCAAUCCAUUGUGAAACAACUUACUAUAAGGCUGUUACUGGUUGCAAAAUCUAGUGGACUUCCAUUAAGCCCAUUUAUCAGACAGUCUUGUCAAAAGUUUGCAGAAAUGGCAGUUUCGGCUACAAUGUGCUUCCCUUUAUAUAUUACAUUGUCACUGCUGUCUAAGGCUGCUGUUGUUUACUCUGUGGAUUGUACUUAUUCAAGGAAAAGGUUUGAUUCAUCCAAGUUUUAUGUGAUUGUGAGGAAGAUUUGGAGGCGAAUUGUUGUGACUUAUUUUUGGGUUUGUGUGGUGAUUGUUAGUUGUAUCACAUUGUUCUGUGUACUCCUUGUUGCUGUGAGCAGCACAUUUUCCGUGAUGGGGUUCCCGUCAGAUUUGAUUUUGUAUCCUGCUAUGGUGCUUGGACUAAUUUUCUCAAUCAUUCUGGCGAAUUCGACAAUCAUUUGCAACAUUGCUAUAGUAAUCUCGGUGUUGGAGGAUGUUUCAGGGCCACAGGCGUUGCUCAGGUCGAGUUCUCUGGUUAAGGGGCAGACUCAAGUUGGUCUUUUGAUAUUUCUUGGAUCGACUAUUGGGAUGGCAAUGGUGGAGGGGUUGUUUGAGCAUAGGGUGAAGACAUUAAGUUAUGGCGAUGGCUCAUCAAGGAUAUGGGAAGGACCCCUUUUGGUAAUCAUGUAUUCAUUUGUGGUACUUAUAGAUUCUAUGAUGAGUGCAGUUUUCUACUUCAGCUGUAAAUCAUAUAGCACAGAAGCCGCGGCAGUGGGAAGUGAACCAGUUUUAGAAGCCUUGACAAUUUCCUUGGAAUCAACCGGCGUUCAAUGACAUCUCUUUGCAAAGUUUUAUAGUCUUAAAAACUAGUGGAAUUUGCCGUAGCAGACAUAGAAACUUGCACAGUCGUCUCUAUUCUUGGGACUUUGUCACCAUGAGAAAAAGUAUACAUGUCUGCUAGAAAUGACUAUACAUGGAAGGAUCAUAAGUCUAUAUGACUAAAUUUUUCUUUUACAUAAUCAUAGCGCUUACAGUUAUCUGUGAUAAUGGAAGGUUAAAGAAAGAUUUGGAGAGCUUGGCAAUAGAAAAAUUUUAUUAUGAGUUGUACCUUAGGGUGCAAAUUUUGAACAUUAUAGUUAUAUGCUUUUUAUUUUCAAUUGAAUCAGUUCUUAUUCUUUAUUGCUCCCACCUAGCAUUUCCUAAAUUAACUCUUUUGCUGAGUAACAGUUCUUCACAAAUUAGGCAUUGAAUGGGCUGAACAUUUAGAGGAUUUAGCAUGUCUUUAAGAGAAAGGCCAUAACUUUCAGCUGAAAUGGCAUGUGGCAUUUAUUAAUUAUUUACCACUCGAGGCAUCUUGUCAUCUACCUGCAGUACACACAUAUACGAUUGUUUAGGUAUUUUGAUUGGCUAUGAUCUGUCUGAGUAUCCCAAAAGGGAAAUAUUCCCGUUUUUUCACGGUUUCUAGGGCUAUACAUCUACCUACCGCCUUGCUUAGUGCCAAAGUAUUGUGUGCUGCUUGUUAUUCUCCUUUCCUUCAGAGAAAAUCUUUCAUUUAUCAUGUACUAACUUUUCCGUUAUAAGCACCAAUACAGUCAUCAAAUGUUAUAUUAUGGCAUGAGUUUACUGCCUGUCUGAGACAUGAGGAAUCUGCUCUGAUGUAAUCUUUUGGCCAAUAUUCUUAAUCCAGCUUGGGGGGUUUAAAAUAGUUCUACUGAAAUUUUAAUGAUGAAAGUGAGUAGGACAUCAUUGAAAUGUGGCUUUUCCUUGAAGCUAUGCACUGGAUUGCUUAGACAUCACCUAAGGAUAUUCAUGUUGAAAUCUGUUAUUUUAGCUGGCAUAGGUGAUUAGUUUAAAAAAUGCUGUACCUAGAUGGCAGCUGUUAGCAUGCAGUGAUCAGCUAAGUUCUAUAGUCUUAACAGCUAGUGGAACUUGCUGUGGAAGCAGAUAACAUAAACACUUGCAUAUUUGAUUCUAUUCUUGGGACUGCUUGGACAAUAAGGAAAUCUGCUAGAAAUGACUAUUAAUGCAAGGAUCAUAAGUCUAUCCGACUCUAAACUAUUAUUUUAUCUACAUCAUAUUGCUUGCAGUUAUCUGUGGUGAUGGCAGGUUAAAGAAAAAGUUUGAGGGCUUUGCUAUAGAAACAUUCAUUUAGCUGCAUCUUAUUGUGAUAGUUAUGGUACACAGUAUAGUUAUACACCAUAUAUUUUUCAUUUCAACUAAAUCAUUUCUAGUUACCUUUGCUCUUUUUCGUUUCCUCAUAUUAUUUACUACAUUAAGUCUUCUGCCAAGCAACUUUUCCUGGCAACUUCAGCAUUUAAUGUCUCUAAGAGAAAAGCUACAGCUUUUAGCUGGAUAAAGAAUGGUGUGUGCACUUAUGGAUUAUUUAGAAGUCUUGGCAUUUCGUCAUCUUUCUAUAUAAAUGAUUAGGUAUUUUGAUUGGAUAUGAUCUGUCUGACUAUCCCAAAAAGGAAAUAUUUUCUCUAUUUCGGGGGUUUUAGGGCAUCUCUACUUACUAUCUUCCUUAGUACUGAAAUGAUGUGAACUGCUUGUUAUUCUUUUUUUUUCGUCUUUUUUUUUGUUGCAUUAUCAUUUACUUAACUCUUCCAUUAACAAUGCUGGUGCAUUCAGCUAACAGACAAGCAGGUCAUGCUCUUGUGCAAUCAUCAUGCCAAUAUUCUUAAUCCUGCUUAGGAGUUUUAAGUACCCCUUUCAAAAUUGUGAAAAUGGAAGUAGGCAUGAGAUCUUUGAAAUUUAACUUCUCCCUGAAGCUAUGCACUUGAUUGUUUAUACAUCAGCUAAGAAUCAUAUAGAUCUCCAGAAUAACCUGAAAUCUGCUUGUUCAGCUGGCCUAGGGUUUGAGUUCAUAUAAUGAUGAACCUAGAUGGCAACUAUCAGUAUGCAGUAAUUAGGUAGCAAGCUACAGUCUUACGCUGGGUGCAAAUGACUAAUCUCGGUUGGCAUAUUUUGAAAUCAGUCAAUUUUUUAUCAACAUCGAGAGGUCACAGUUUGUGACGGUAUAUAGUGGAAUUCCUGGUAUUCUAUCUUGGGAAAGGUUUCAUUAUUUGAAAUAUUCAUUCUCUUAUGCAUAUGGAAAAUGGAUUUGAAUGUAUCUGCAUCAUUAUAAAUUGCAGCUUUCAAACUCUUUAUAAUUGCUAGAAUGCAUUUUUUUGUUAGAUAUUCCGAAUUGCUAACAAGGUAAGGAUUUGAAAGUUAUGGGUGACAAAGAGUAAGUCGGUAAUUGCUCGGUCUUGGUAGAAUUGCUAACAAGGUAAGGAUUUGAAACUUAUGGGUGACAUAGAGUAAGCCGAUAAUUGCUCGGUCUUGGUAGUUUGCACAUGAUGUAUAUAAAUCAUUCUGAUUCUUGAAGCAUCUUAAAGGAUAGCUGAUGGAAUUUUCUGUCUGUAAAGUUUGCGUGUGCAUGUGCCUGUGCAUGUUGUGGUCUUUGUUUUUCUGCUUCCAGUCUCUCUUUAUAGGUAACCUCCAUUUAUUGAUGAAUGGAAAUGCAGUGAAGUCGUGCAUGAAGCAGUUAAAUGCUCAUCUGAGCUAUCCAUUUUCUACAUGCCCCAUUUGUUUAUCGAUGAACUGGUAAAUCAGUUUUUGUUCAAAAUAUAAUGAAUUGUGAAGAAAAGCAUCUACAAAACUUGCACAGUAAUGUGAAGUGGGAGAAGCUGCUCCUACUGAGGAGACCUUGGUCCAGAGGUUAAAAAACAAGAAAGGUUGAGUCCCCAGGCGUCUACCUCCUGUGUGGGAAUCUCACAAUUUCUGAUUUUAGUCUGGCUUUCCCCUACUUAGUGAGUUAGCUGUAAUAUUCAUGAGUUUUUCUAUUGAUGUUAGUUUUAAUCUUGAUAGUCAGCUGUUGUAUUGAUGCCCCGAUGGGCUACAUGCAAUCCUAUCCAAAAAAUAAAUAAUAAUAAGUAAAUUUUUUUUUUGAAAAAGGGUGUUCCUCAUAUCAUAUGUUAUUCUUGCCUGAAUGGUCUGAUUCAAGUAUGCUUCAUUAGUUUUUAUGACAGGUAGAAGGACAAAGAUGAUGCAGUUGCCAUAUACAGAUACUCUUGUUGAUACCAAUUAUAACAUGCAGGGAAUAGAAAACAAAUGAAUUCAAGCUUGUGUGAUCUGGUGACUGGUUGUAUGCUAAGUAUAUUGACAGUUUGUAUUUAAUCAUUUUAGAGGUAGAAAGUUGAACUUCUGAUGCAGAAGUAACUUGGUUGCUGUAAAAUGAUUAGUAACCUGUGGUCCUCAGGAUUCUUUUGUAUGCAGGCGAUUAUGAGCAAGGCCAUAAUUGUUCCUCUCCAUAAUGGGAGAGAGGUUCUCUGUAAUUAUGCAGACUAGAGUUCAAUAUGACUAGUGUGAUGUACAAAGGAAAUUUUGUCUGAACUUUUGGAAUUGAAAUCUUUUUUCGGGUGUCAA